GCGUGACAGCAUGUGAUCUGCGCUUAACCGGAAAACGUGCACUUGAAGCCGAGUGUGAUACAUCCUGUUAGCAAAUACGAUCUUCGGUGAACUCUUGACAGCUAACAGGGAACUCCACAUCGCUUCAAACAAAUACAGAACUGGCUGACCUGGCGAGGAAAGGGGAGAGAUUCAACGCUGGUCUCCCCAGACCUUCCUGAGAGAAGAGUCAACCAUGGAUGACGGCUCCUCUCUUCGCAAAGUCAGCAGUUCCACAGAGUCCGUGACCACCGUCACCAGCGAGGAGUUUGUUCUGGUACAAACCACUGCUACUGGGUCACCACAAGGCUCCGAGGGCAAACCGAAACUCAAGAUGUCUUGGAAUGGGAGUGAGCAGCUGGAGAAAGCCAUGGAGGAGGUGCUGGAUGAUGAUGAGGAAGUGAAGGUGGAGAAAAGCAGUCUGGAAGAGAUGGAGAAGCACAGCAACCCAGAAAUCCAAGUCCCAGAGUUCCGACCAGCAGAAGCUUUGCCACCCUGUCCAGCACCAACUAGCCCCACGGACCAAGAGGAGGAUAGUGUGCAGUUCAACAAGCUGUCAUACCUGGGCUGCACCUGGGUCAAAGCCCCUCGUAAUGAAGCUGAGGCACAGAAAGCAAUGGCCACAUUAUUGGCUGAGAGUGCCAUCCCGAUCCCCAUCACGCUGCAUGUCCCCUGUGGACCAGAUGGCUCUGUGAGGAUUCUGGACCAGGCCUCAGGUACAGAGAUUGCGUCCUUCCCCAUUUACAAGGUCUUGUUUUGUGCUCGUGGACGUGAUGGUUCUUUGGAAAGCAACUGCUUUUGUUUCACUGAGAGUUACCGGAGCUCUGAAGACUUCCAAAUUCACGUCUUCUCCUGUCACAUCAAAGAGGCGGUCAGUCGAAUCUUGUACAGUUUCUCGACAGCCUUCCGUCGAUCUUCACGACCGGCUGACAUCAGGGACACGCCGCUGUCGAGUCCGCCUGACAGCGACCUCUUUAUAUUCACUGUCUCUCUGGAGGUUAAGGAAGAUGAUGGCAAGGGCAACUUCAGUCCAGUCCCCAAGGACAGAGACAAAUUAUACUUCAAGCUGCGACAGAGUGUUCAGAAGAAAGUUGUGAUUACAGUGCAGCAAAUUGGCAACAAAGAACUCGGCAUUGAGAGGUGUUUUGGAAUGCUCCUGAGUCCAGGACAGAAAGUUUGCAAUAGUGACAUGCAUUUGCUAGACAUGGAGUCGAUGGGGAAGAGCUCAGAUGGAAAAGCGUAUGUGAUCACAGGAACGUGGAACCCCAAUAUGGCAGCCUUCCAGCCCCUGAAUGAAGACACACCAAAAGAUAAGCAAGUUUACAUGACCGUAGCGGUGGACCUGGUCGUAACUGAGGUGGUGGAGCCCGUUCGCUUCCUCCUGGAAACUUUAGCCAGGGUUUAUCCGUCAAAUGAACGUUUCUGGUACUUCAGCCGCAAGACCUUCAGCGAGACCUUUUACCUCAAACUCAGACAGCAUGCACCAGAGAGGGCAGGCCAGAGUGAUGCUGUGUAUGAGGUGGUGAGUCUUCAGAGGGAGGCAGAGAAAAGCAAGGAAGGACAACUGGCCUCACCCACCGAAGAGGAGGAGGCGGAUGAUGAUAGUGACAGUGAAAUCUCCAGCGGGACAGGGGAUGUUUCCAAAGAUUGUCCUGAGAAAAUCCUUGAGUCAUGGGGAGGAAUCCUCAACAGAUGGCAUGGGAACCUGUCCAGUCGUCCAAAGGGUUUGCACCCAUUGGUCCGCAGCGGCAUUCCUGAGCCACUGAGAGCUGAAGUAUGGCAGCUGCUGGCCGGUUGCCAUGACAACCACGACCUGCUUGAACACUAUCGCAUCCUCAUCACCAAGGAUUCAGCUCAGGAGGGGGUAAUCACCAGAGACAUCCACCGUACCUUUCCUGCACACGACUACUUCAAAGACUCCGAUGGAGAUGGACAGGAUUCACUAUACAAGAUUUGCAAGGCCUAUUCUGUCUAUGAUGAGGAAAUUGGUUAUUGCCAGGGUCAGUCAUUUCUUGCAGCGGUUCUGCUGCUGCAUAUGCCUGAGGAACAAGCCUUUUGUGUGUUGGUGAAAAUCAUGUUUGAGUAUGGCCUCAGAGCUCUGUACAAGAACAACUUUGAGGAUCUUCACUGCAAGUUCUAUCAGCUCGAGAGGCUCAUGCAGGAACAGCUAGCCGAUCUUUGGUCCCAUUUCCAGGAACUGAACCUGGAGGCACACAUGUAUGCCUCCCAGUGGUUCCUCACCCUCUUCACUGCCAAGUUCCCCCUUUGCAUGGUUUUCCACAUCACUGACCUGCUGCUCUGUGAGGGUCUGAACAUCAUCUUCAAUGUAGCCCUGGCCCUGCUCAAGACUUCCAAAGAGGAUCUUUUGCAGGCAGACUUUGAAGGGGCUCUCAAAUUCUUCAGAGUUCAGCUCCCCAAGCGCUACAGAGCUGCAGAGAAUGCCCGAAGGCUGAUGGAACAGGCCUGCAACAUAAAGGUUCCAACCAAGAAGCUAAAGAAGUUUGAGAAAGAAUAUCAGACGCUGAGAGAGAGCCAGCUGCAGCAAGAAGACCCCAUUGACCGAUACCAGAGGGAGAACCGACGUCUUCAAGAAGCCAGUAUGCGGCUAGAACAAGAGAAUGACGACCUGGCCCAUGAGCUGGUCACCAGUAAGAUUGCCCUUCGGAAUGACCUUGACCAGGCAGAAGACAAGGCUGACGUUUUGAACAAAGAGCUGCUGAGCACCAAACAACGUCUGGUGGAGACGGAAGAAGACAAGAGACGACAGGAGGAGGAAACGGCUCAGCUGAAGGAAGUGUUCAGGAGGGAGCUGGAGAAAGCAGAGUUGGAGAUCAAGAAAACCACAGCGAUCAUAGCAGAGUACAAACAGAUCUGUUCUCAGCUCAGCACCAGGCUGGAAAAGCAGCAGGCGGCAACAAAGGAGGAGAUGGACAUUGUGAGGAGUAAAGUAACAGGCUGCGAGCACUGCAGAGACCUGUUCAGCACGAUGGGGUCCCUCCAGGUGUCAUCGCCCGGCCGCGACAAUACAUCCUCGGAGCCGUUGGACGAGGAGAAGGAUGGACUGAAGGAACAGCUCAGGCAGAUGGAACUGGAACUGGCACAGACUAAACUACAGCUGGUGGAGGCCAAGUGUCGCAUCCAGGAGCUCGAGCAUCAACGAGGAGUCCUGAUGAACGAGAUCCAAGCGGCCAAGAACUCUUGGUUCAGCAAGACUUUGGGCUCCCUCAAGAGCUCCGCCUCAUCUUCGUCCAACCUCUCAUCGCAAAGCCCCUGUUCUCCAAAGGAAGGCCCGGCCUAGAGUUUGUCUCCUCGUCUCCUUCCCAGCCAAGUUGUGGGAAACAAGUCAAAGGAACAAGCAGUGGAGAAAUGCAGUGUUCCUUUUCUGGCUACCUGGACUGUGUAUGACUACAGAAAUGAAGGCUGAAACAAACUGGGAGACAGGACCUGGCUUAUGAGAACCCGAAUAAUCCGACUUCCUUCAUGUGGGAUCAAACAGGAGAUGUGUUAGUAAGGUUUGAUAGAAGUCCUGUUUAAGUUUUGUUACAUCCCUCAAACCUCACCAGAAAAUUGAAUGGCGUUAUAUCUUGUUGCCAAAUAUUGUUACUGCAGAAGUCAAAUGAUUGAAUUUGUGUUUUUAAGUAGCGGCUUGAGCUCACAUUUAGGCCCUGUCCACACGGGAACGUUCCAGGGAUUUUUUUUUGGCGGAAAGAAAAAAAAAAAAAAGUCCACACUGUUUUGGAGUAGUAAAUAGUUGCAUCCAGACUGAAACGGAUCACUGGGAGAAAUACACAAGGCACACCAACGUGUGGCGCUGUAAACAGACAUGCAGACGGAACCAUGCGACACACCAAACAACCCGUUGAUCGUGGGCUACAAGUCGGUGUUUGGGACUUUGCCGGUCGAUCGUGAGAAUAGUAGAAAAAAUUUUUGUUAUUACAUCGGUGCCCUCCCUCCCGGAGAGCGACGAACAGGCACACAUUUUGACCACUGAAUACGCCUGUACGCCUUUCCGCCUUCCAGGCAUUCAACAGGCGAGCUCCAAUCAGGAGCCCACUCCCCAAACAGGACAGAGAUAACAGUGCAUGCACACCUGCUCGCCUCGCCCCGCAACAGCAGGCUUUCCGGGACAAGCGAAAGAAAGAGAGAGAGUGACAGAGCGCAGCGACGUGCCUGAGAACACAACAGUAAUUAUUGCAAGUUAAUGUGGCUGAAAAUCUGCCUUUGCUACCUCAAAAUUAAGACACAAAUAUGACUCCUUAGACGUGCAGCUCUAAAUAAAAUCUUGCUCGAGCUGCGGCUCGUUAGGACUGACUAUUGUGACACAUUGACCCGUCUCUUGCUCUCCUCAACCACCAUCGCUCCCGCACAAUGCUGAGCCAACAGGCCGAGGUGUAGUUUGCUCAUACAGCCCACGCCACAAGCCCGACCCCGACAAAGAUCCACAAAAGUAGGGGUGGCCAAGGUGCAGCUCGGGGGCCAUUCGCGACCUGUGGCUCAUUUGUCAUUGCGUCACUACAGAAACAAAAUAAAAUUUAAAAAAUUGUAAAAACAGAGCAAAAGGCACAAUGAGAAAAGUGCGUCAUUUUGGGAGUAUAAGACAAAAAAUACUGGUAGAAUGUCGACUGCGGUGAGUCAUGACACUCGACAUAUUCAGUUAUUAUGUUGGCUUGUCAUCAAUGCUCACUUCUGGUCACGUGACGGCGACGGGUCGCUGACAUCAUCGUUUAAAAAAAUAGUUUAAAAAAAUGUGUCUAUAUAGAAAUGACAAGCCUGUGUUUUCAGAUUUUCACACUCUGGAAGCUGUUUUUCCACAAAUACCGUUUCAGGGCACACAGAACGCCGGUUCCAUGUGGAUGAGAGUCUGAAACAAUAAAAUACUCUGCCGUUUUGACCUGAAAACGUUUCCGUGUGGAUAGCCCUUUAUUCUCACACCAUUAACAUUGUUGUCACUGAUGACACAGCUAUUGUGAUUUGAGUGCAGCAAAGCUACUCUGAAAAGGAAUACUGCAUUGUAACCCAGAACAACACAACAUUUGUGUUUCUUCAUAGAACUUUAACUUAAACAAUGUCCUAACAAAUGUUUAAAUCUAAUUAUUGUUUUUUAAAUAACCUUGUACAGUUCUUUAAGAGGUUAGAAGAAUAUUAUCUUUUUUUUUUUAAUUGAUGAUUGAUCUCUGUAGUUGACGUUAGCACAGUGUGUGAUUGUUCUGGUCGAGUCCAAACACUCACAAGCCAAUACAACAUGCACACAGAUCCUUUUUAGUCCUUCAAACCGCUGCCCACCACCUGCCACAUAUCAUUCUGCAUUUCAUCCAUUAGCCAUAUUUCCAGUUGGUGCCUCCAAUUAUUUUAUGUUGUGUUUUUAAUGGAAGCAGAUCCCUUGUGAAGCCAUCACUUAUUAUUUGUUUUGUUUCAAACAGAACCAAGGGGCCAUGUUGUUCCCCAUUAACUUUUUGUUCAUAUCACGGAAUCAGCAUAUAUCAUUGAUGCCCGUUGAUGCUGAAAUAUAUAUGCUACAUAUUAACCCGUUAAGUAGCUCCUUUAUUAUCUCAUCCAUUUAUAUGUCAUCUUCAUUGCCAACAUUUGGAAGGGCACCAACACCUUAUGUGCUGUUUAUUUCAGUAAAAAUGAACGUUUUUAUUUUACAGGUGGAGCGCAAAUGUCUCAAAAGAGUUUAGCCGAGAGUGUGACAAAGUUUUAUAAAAGAACUUUUAUGAAGAAAGAUUUAAAAAGAACUUUAUUUGUUCCAAUACGUUCUCGUAUUUGCAUUUCUUUACCAUGCCUGUUAGAUGUUAGCGGGCCAAUUACUGCAGUUUAUGUGCCAACAAGUUGGUUUUAUCCAGGCUGGUAUCAGCCUUUGGACUCUAACCAAGCCAUGUUUGUGUGUGUGUGUGUGUGUGUGUGUGCACUGUGCAUAUGUUGAAUUGUUUCAAUUGGCUGCCUUUUUCUUGACGACUGAAGCUGUUGGCUGAUUACUGGUUCGUUUGGGUCCUGACUCUGCCGUUGUUAGAUUCCUAGUGCACACAGCGUCUUUAUAGCUGGUGGCCACCAUGCAGCUUAAUUGGACCAAAUGCACCUGAGGGAAGAUCAGAGAUGCUGAUAAGCCGACGAGUGUCAUUUCCACACAUUCCUUCUGCGUUGUAACCGUCCAACAACAGCAAACUGUGGCCAAGACCCUCAUCAGUACAUGCACUAACGAUAACACUAUUUCAGCGGUUGGUUUAACAGUUUUAUGAAGCACAGAGCAUCAUUAUUUUUAACUGAUGAUUAUUGUUGCAGACAGGAAAGCUUCUAGUUUAUCAUCCACUUUGACAAACUGUCUUGCUCACUUUAGGUGUCAUACCUGCGAGACAACGAGCGACGUUUCUGUUAAGUCACUGUCUGACCUGCAUUAAUAAAUGUCAGUGCUUCUGUU